UUCUACAACUCUCUCACUCCUCCCCGCUUUCCGAUUCUGUGUCUUGAGCAUUCUGCCCACUUUAGUCUCUCUCACUCUUUUAUCUGCAUUGAUAUUUACUUUGCCACUCUGGCACAGUUUUUUUCUUUGUCCCCAAAUUCCAAAUGAUCAGGUGAUGGAGGCGUUCGUGACUGAGACAAACAAUUCCUAGAGCUUAAUCGUGCAGGAUUAUUGAUGUAAAGAGUCUGGAAUGUCUCUAUCUGAUUAAAUCUAAAUCACACGGUAUCAUAAGAAACAUAAUGGUUGAUACAACAGCUGGGGAUAAUGCAACAAUCACGAGUCAACAGAUUUGUGUCCCUGAGAAAAAAAACACCAGGGAACACUUCUGCUCUACUUUUAAAAUGUUUAUCUUGUCCCUGGCUUUUACAUAUUUCACCAAGACUUUGUGUGGCACCUACAUGAAGAGUGUCAUUACUCAGAUAGAAAGGAGGUUUGACCUGUCCAGCACUCUCGUUGGCUUCAUCGAUGGCAGUUUUGAGAUGGGUAAUCUGCUCUUUUUGGCUCUAGUAAGCUAUUAUGGGGCAAAAUUGCACAGACCCAGGCUGAUAGGAUGUGGUUGUUUUCUGAUGAGUCUUGGUUGUGCUCUCACUGGGCUGCCUCAUUUCUUCAUGGGACGGUACAAGUAUGACACAACGAUACCAGACUCAAUGAAUCAAACUGUCAAUAUUGUUGCCUGUCAAGAUCUCAGAAUGCAAAGCAAUUACCUGGAUAUACACCCAGAGCAUUCACAGGGUUUCAAAGCAGGUGCAGGCUGUUUGAACGAACCUGGAUCUAACCUGUGGGUUUAUGUGUUCCUGGGAAAUGCCAUCCGUGGGAUUGGAGAAACACCACUCAUGCCCCUGGGGAUCUCAUACGUUGACGACUUUGCAAAAGCAGAGAACUCUGCAUUUUACAUAGGAUGCCUCCAAGCAGUAGCACUGAUGGGUCCCAUGUUUGGCUACAUAUUGGGCGCCUUGGUUUCCAAGCUGUAUGUUGAUGUUGGAUUUGUUGACACCGAGACAGUGACCAUUACUCCAAAUGAUGUCCGGUGGAUUGGGGCCUGGUGGCUAGGUUUCUUCAUCUCAUCUGCCCUCCUGCUCCUGGGUGGCAUACCUUUCUGGUUUUUCCCUCGCUCUUUACUCAAGCAAGAAGAGGGACAAUCUCACAGGGACAAUCCCAGCUCUCAUCAUGACAACCAGGAGCAUACUGUAUAUUCCUCUGUGUUAUAUAUGAAACUGGCUGACAUGACAAAAGGUUUCUUGUCCUCACUGAAGAAGCUCUUGGGAAAUCCUGUCUAUAUCGUUAUCCUCUGUGAACAAAUCCUGAUUUUCAGUGCUUUUAUCGGCCUCUUUACCUUUAAGGUUAAAUACAUGGAGCAGCAUUUUGGCCUGUCCUCCUCCAGAGCAAAUUUACUCAUUGGUUUGACAAACGUGUCUCUAUCAACUUUGGGGAUGUUUCUGGGUGGCUUGCUGAUGAAGAAGUACAAGCUGAGUUUGCUAUCAGCAGCCCAGCUCGCAUUCCUCACCUCUUCCUUGGCCUUCCUCCUACUGUGUCUGCAGUUCAUAAUCAAGUGUGACAACAUAUCCCUUGCUGGUCUCACUGUCUCUUAUAACGGCACACCCCAGAUUUCAUAUGAUGAACAAACACUGUUCUCACAGUGUAACCAGAACUGUUCAUGUUCUGCAGCAAAGUGGGAUCCAGUGUGUUCUGCUGAUGGCAUUACAUACAUGUCUCCAUGUCUGGCAGGAUGUAUAAGCUCCACAGGAGUGGGCAAAAAUACGGUCUUCCAUAACUGCAGUUGUGUGUUGAACCUGUCACCAGUAGAGGGCAGCAGUUCUGUGUCUCUUGGACAGUGUCCUCACACAUCAGCAUGCAAUCGCAGUUUGACAUCAUAUGUGGCCAUAUUUGGUGUCCUUUAUUUCAUUAAAGCUCUGGGAGUUACACCUAUAUUCAUGGUCAUGAUACGGUGCACCCUUCCUGAGCUGAAGUCACUGGCCAUUGGCAUUCAGACUCUAGCAAUUAGAACUCUAGCUGGUAUUCCAUCUCCAGUGUACUUUGGAUUUGCGAUUGAUUCCACCUGUUUGAAAUGGGACAUGAGCAAUUGCAGAAGCCGAGGGUCCUGCCACAUGUACGACACAAACAUGUACAGAAUUAUCUUUCUGGGCCUGAUGACCGGUCUAUUUGGCUGCUCUCUGCUGUUUAAUCUUUCUGUCAUUGUGCUGUUUAGAAGUCAAUUCCGUAUGAAAGCAGUGCGACCCCUGAUGCAGACCCAUCAGGAUGAUAUUGAACUACAAGGCCCAAAUCAACAGUGUAAGGAUGGAACAGAGUCCCACACAGAAAAAGCUAAUAGUGCUAAUGGGUAGAAUAAUGUGCAGUCUGAGUUUCUUCAGCCUCAUGGAAAGAAACACGAUUCAGAAUGCAGAAGAUAGUUGAGCAUGGAGGUUAAAGUAUCUGGUGUAGUCUAAUUCAGUCACUAUGCCACUAUGUAGUUUUCCCAACUUUAUAUUUUUCAGAAAAAGUUGUAAUAUAUUGCAUUCAAAUGUUAUUAAAUGUUAUUAAAUGUUAUAUCUCCAGUUCUGGAAAGAUGUCUGGAAUUUUAACUCCUGUCAAUAGUUUUACUGUCAUUUUUUAUUUCAUCACCACACUGAAGCAUACUUCAGCCACUGCUCAAUUAUAUUCCAGCAUCUCUUCUGUUGCCCCAAGUUAAAUUGCUUUCCUAAUUUAAUAAAAUGAUCUG